GACAACCGGCUAGUUGUAAACAUGUGGUGCGUUUUGUUUAGAAGAGGACAACGUGCUAUGGAGUUGUGAGCACCGUAACUAGAAGCGUACUUGAAUUUGUAACAAAAUUAAAGACAAUUGACUCUAGACUGAUUGUGUUAUUGGUUGUUGUUUGUUCGCUAUGAGUUUCCGUGGACGUGGUGGUGGCGGUGGCCGAGGAGGUGGUGGCGGGUUUGGUGGUCGAGGUGGCCGGGGUGGUGGUGGCCGUGGAGGUGGCGGCGGUGGCCGUGGCGGUUUCAAUCGAAGCUUCGGGGACGAUGGGCCGAAGAAUCUGGUUCCCCUCGGAUACUACGAUUAUCCGUGCCAGGAAGAUUUGAUUGCCAAGGUGGAGAUAGAGAAUGUUCCGUUCUUCAAUGCACCCAUCUAUAUGGAGGGCGAGAAGCAAAUCGGCAAGGUGGACGAAAUCUUUGGCAAUCUGCGCGAUUACUACGUGUCCAUCAAGCUAAACGAUAACAUGAAACCGGACGGAUUCCAGCAGAAGCAGAAGCUGUUCAUUGAUUCGGCCAAAUUGUUGCCGCUGGCGCGAUUUUUGCCAGGAAACCAGACACGCCGACCGGGUGGUCGGGUGGGCAAACCGGGUGGCCGUGGGGGUGGUGGUGGUGGCUUCCGAGGUAGAGGCGGUGGCGGCGGUGGUGGUGGUGGCGGGUUCCGUGGUCGAGGAGCUGGUGGUGGUGGUGGCGGCGGCGGCGGCGGUUUCCGUGGCCGAGGUGGCGGCGGUGGACGUGGUGGUGGUGGAGGAGGAUUCCGUGGUGGUCGUGGAGGAGGUGGAGGCGGUGGCCGGUGGUAA